AUGAGAGGGCGACAAAUGAGCGGGUGGGGGGGGGGGAGGGGGAAGGGCGCGAUCGAGCGGGCGGGGAAUGAGCGGGCGAGGAAUGAGCGGGCGAGGAAUGAGCGGGCGGGGAAUGAGCGGGCGGGGAAUGAGCGGGCGGGGAAUGAGCGGGCGGGGAAUGAGUGGGCGAGGAAUGAGCGGGCGGGGAAUGAGCGGGCGAGGAAUGAGCGGGCGGGGAAUGAGCGGGCGGGGAAUGAGCGGGCGGGGAAUGAGCGGGCGGGGAAUGAGCGGGCGGGGAAUGAGCGGGCGGGGAAUGAGCGGGCGGGGAAUGAGCGGGCGAGGAAUGAGCGGGCGGGGAAUGAGCGGGCGGGGAAUGAGCGGGCGAGGAAUGAGCGGGCGGGGAAUGAGCGGGCGGGGAAUGAGCGGGCGCGAGAAUCUUACAAGACGCAGAGGUGCAUGGCGUUGUGUUUGGACGGGUCACCACCGGCCUACUACUUCCGCCCGGGCCAUGCAGGCGGCGCCCACAAGUGGUUCUUCCACUUCCAGGUCGCCCCCCUCUCCCCCCUUCUUCCCCCCUCUCCCCCCUUCUUCCCCCCUCUCCCCCCUUCUCCCCCCCUCUCCACCCUUCUCCCGCCCUCUCCCCCUUUCUCCUCCCCUCUCCCCCCGUCUCCCCCCCGCUCCACCCUUCUCCCCCCCACUCGCCCCCUCUCCCCCAUUCUCCCCCUUUCUCCUCACCUCUCUCCUCCUCUUUCUCUCCCACUCCCCUCCUCUUUUCCCCUCCCUCUUUCUCUCCUUCUUCCCCCCUCUCUUUCACCUCUCCUCCCUCUCUUUCCCCUCCGUCACUUCCCCGCUGCCCCAUGGGCGUGGAGGGGGGAGGGAUGGGCGUGGAGUGUGGGGGGUAUGGGCGUGGAGUGUGGGGGGUAUGGGUGUGCACAGGGCGGGGCGUGGUGCAGCAGCGGGGAGGAGUGUCGGCAGCGCAGCCUCACAGCACUGGGGUCGUCCCGCCUGCUACCCGCCACUGCUGACGCUGAGGGCGUGUUCAGUGACGACCCUGCAAUCAACCCAGGCGCGUUGCUCCGCCAACCCAUGCAUGUGCCCACGCACCACCCCAUGUGCCCACGCACCACCCCAUGUGCCCACGCACCACCCCAUGUGCCCACGCACCACCCCAUGUGCCGCCCACUACCGACCAAUUGA